UCUCCGACAUGGAGGAGGAAAAGUUUCCAGUGCAGGAGUCCGAGAUUACGUGUGUACAAGAAACAAACAAUAUCAUCUCAUGUGCAACAGAAGACACAAGCCUGAAAAAGACUCUUCUGAUGGGCAUGAAAAGCUUGGUACAAACACAAACUGAAAGGCAAGAAGUAAACUUAGCUUCAGAUUGGAAAGUGGAGUCGUCAGAAAUAGAUGUAAAACCUCCACAAUGGGCACCAAGCCAUGAAGAUGAGUCUUAUUCAGAAAAAAGCAAUACAAUGGAACACCAAGACAUUGAAGAAGAUAUAUACCAAGAAGAAAAUGCUGGUUCAGCAAUGCUAGAGGCAGAUAACAAAGCAAAACACCAAUGCAUGGUAGAAGGUGAAAGCAAAGGAGAAGCUGACAGUUCAAAGAAGCUGUUGGACACAAUCAAUGAGAACAAACAUAUCUUAGAUAAUGUCAUUAAAAAUGUAAUAGAUACACCACAAAAAGACACAAACCACCCUGAUGCAGGAGAAAACAACAAAGAUGACACCUUGGAAGAGGUUUUUGGUUCACCAGAUGAAGAUAUUACAGAAUCAGAAAUGGUUGUUGAUGGAAGCCAGGGAGGAAAGGACUAUGAUACAGAGAAGCUGCUACAUUUAGAAGCACCUGAAGACAUUACAGAACCAGAAGUUGUUGGUAAUAGAAGAGAGGAAGAGAAGAACUAUGAUACUGAAGUGUUGCUGCAUUCAGAAGCUGAGGGCACCAAGCAAAUCCUAGCGAUAACUGAGGAGAAAACCCAAAAAGGGAGUUCUGAUGCAGAGAAGAUGUUGGUCUCAUCAGGAGAGGACAUAGAACAGCAAGACCAUGGAAUAACUAGAAGUUAUGAUACAGGAGAAAAUAAACAUCACUUUGAUAAGUUCUUGGAUUCAGCACCUGAGGACAUUACAGAACCAGAAAUUGUUGGUAAUAGAAGCGAGGAAGAGAAGAACUAUGAUACAGAAGCUGAGGGCACAAAGCAAAUCCCAGGCACUACUGAAGAGAAAGGGAGCAAUGAGUCAGAGAAGAUGUUGGUCAUACCAGGAGGUGAUAUAGAACAGCAAGACCAUACAACAGGAUUAGGUUAUAAAGAGAAAACUUAUUCUGAAAAGUUCUUGCACUGUGAGAACCCAUCCCAUCCAGUUACUGAGGAGCAUCCAGUCAUUGCCAAAGAUGGGAAGGAUGAAGAUAAAAACGAUCUACAAAAGUUGCUGAGCAAACCAUCUAACAACAUAAAACACGAAGAAUCACAUGAUAAAGUCAAUGAAACAUACCUUGACCCAAAAUAUCCAACCGCUGCUCCAAAUACAGUUCCUUGUGUGGUAACGGCUCUGAAGAAACUUUCAUGGAUUGUUUUUCUGUAUUUUUCCUAUCAGUUCCAGUUCAUGUAUACAGUGGGGUUCCCUAUAAAUUCCGUCUGGCGCAAGUACUGGGCCAAUGGCACCGAUCUGUUGGCUCAAAACCUGAUAAUUCGUAGCUUGGGCAAUUUCUGCUCCCUGACAUUCACCGUCACCCCCCAAACCAGGAAUUGUUCUGAUAUAGCUCAUGCUGUUCUAAUCAACAGCACAUCCCUACUGCUCUUAGUAAGGGAACCACCAGAGACCCAAUGGCACCUGGAGCAUGGAUCCUGUACAGAAUGUCGGCCGCAAAGUAAAUACUUCACUCCUGGAGAACGACUCCAUGAUACGGAAUCUGUAAAGGAAAUGUUACAGCUUUACACAAUCCAACCUGCAACCAAUACCCCGGGGUCUCUCCCGCUGAACUCUACUGUCACCCCCCCAGCGCCCGAGGCUUGUAACCCUGUCUGCGUCGGUUUCCUAGUUAGUUUGGCUGUAUUGGUUGUGGGCGUUUUGGUUAUCCUGGCUGCGGUCUGCAUCAGAAAAAGAUUCUGUGCCAGAAAUCAACCUAGAGAAGAGAAUGUGUCAGAUACACCACCUGAAAGAGUGGCGCUGAGUGACAUUGAUGGACGCGAGGAAGAAGAGAGAGGAAGGCAGCCAUCUAGUCACACCAAUGGGAGUAUUUCUAAGGAGGCCCAGGAGAACCAAGAACUGCUAAUGAAUGGGACAGUACUAGACCCUCAACUGGGCACUGGCACCAACCAGCUGAGCAACCAUCACUCAACUGGAACCUAGUUGACCAUCUCACAAAUAAGGCCAAUGGCACAGGGGUCCUGUUAUUAACAUUUGAAAUGAAUAACAUGUGGACUGGUGGUGAUGUUGGGCAACCAAUCAGCGGAGAAUUCCCCCUUGUGCCAUAGGCCUAAAGCAACACUAUAGAUAGCACGGGCUAGUGAUAUUAUACUGUAUAUAUCCCAUUACUGCAAAUGAUAUUCCUAUAUAAUUUCAUACUCAUCUGUUUCCCUUACGAUAUGAUACUAUGGCCCCAUUGGCCUUGGCCUGCUCCCCUAGCUGAUCCCAUGUAAAGGGAAUAUAGCACAAUGGGAGGCUGCGACCGGCCAACACUAGACAAUGGCAGGGGCAGGCGCCAUGGAACUGAGCAUUUGGAGAGGCUGCCAAUAGAUGGGUUGCCAUGGGAGAGCUUUAACUGUGCACUUAUGUAUAGUAGGUGGUCUCUUUUUGGAUAGGCUAAGCCUACCUAAGCCUGCCUUGUUCUCCAUCUAUAAGCAGGGGGUAUGCUCCCAGCACAGUCAGUACUAGAGCGGGAAGCAGCCCUACGCCCCACCGUGGAGGUGGAAUGGCACUUCCCAGGCAAUGAUAUUGCAGUGGAACUCAUUCAAACUACUGCAGGAAUGUGCCAAGGUAAAAGGCUAGUAAAGGUUACACUAUGCUGAGGUUUGUAGUACAGCAACAACUGAGGGAAGUGUGGUUGAGCAACAAGGAAUAGCUCACCUUUAUUAAAUACACUUUUUUGGUUAAAGAAUGCUGUACUCCCACAUUGCAUAGCGCCAGUGUAUCUGGCUGCAACUAUUAAUAAUAAAGGAGGCACAGAAAAGAGAUAGGAAGGGCAACCCUAAAGAGAUAGGAAGGGCAACCCUAAAGAGAUUGGAAGGGCACCCCUAAAGAGAUUGGAAGGGCAACUCUAAAGAUAUAGGAAGGGCAACCCUAAAGAGAUUGGAAGGGCAACCCUAAAGAUAUAGGAAGGGUAACUCUAAAGAGAUAGGAAGGGCAACCCUAAAGAGAUUGGAAGGGCAACUCUAAAGAGAUAGGAAGGGCAACCCUAAAGAUAAAGGAAGGGCACCCCUAAAUAUAUUGGAAGGGCAACUCUAAAGAUAUAGGAAGGGCAACCCUAAAGAGAUUGGAAGGGCAACUCUAAAGAGAUAGGAUGAGCAACCCUAAAGAUAUAGGAAGAGCAACCCUAAAGAGAUUGGAAGGGCAACUCUAAAGAGAUAGGAUGAGCAACCCUAAAGAUAUAGGAAGGGCAACCCUAAAGAGAUUGGAAGGGCAACUCUAAAGAUAUAGGAAGGACAACCCUAAAGAGAUAGGAAGGGCAACUCUAAAGAUAUAGGAAGGGCAACUCUAAAGAUAUAGGAAGGGCAACCCUAAAGAUAUAGGAAGGGCAACUCUAAAGAUAUAGGAAGGGCAACUCUAAAGAGAUAGGAUGAGCAACCCUAAAGAUAUAGGAAGGGCAACUCUAAAGAUAUAGGAAGGGCAACUCUAAAGAUAUAGGAAGGGCAACCCUAAAGAUAUAGGAAGGGCAACUCUAAAGAUAUAGGAAGGGCAACUCUAAAGAUAUAGGAAGGGCAACUCUAAAGAUAUAGGAAGGGCAACUCUAAAGAUAUAGGAAGGGCAACCCUAAAGAUAUAGGAAGGGCAACUCUAAAGAUAUAGGAAGGGCAACUCUAAAGAUAUAGGAAGGGCAACCCUAAAGAUAUAGGAAGGGCAACUCUAAAGAUAUAGGAAGGGCAACUCUAAAGAUAUAGGAAGGGCAACCCUAAAGAUAUAGGAAGGGCAACUCUAAAGAUAUAGGAAGGGCAACUCUAAAGAUAUAGGAAGGGCAACCCUAAAGAUAUAGGAAGGGCAACUCUAAAGAUAUAGGAAGGGCAACUCUAAAGAGAUAGGAUGAGCAACCCUAAAGAGAUUGGAAGGGCAACCCUAAAGAGAUAGGAAGGGCAACCCUAAAGAGAUUGGAAGGGCACCCCUAAAGAGAUUGGAAGGGCAACUCUAAAGAUAUAGGAAGGGCAACUCUAAAGAUAUAGGAAGGGCAACCCUAAAGAGAUAGAGCCGCCAUAUCAACUGCAAGUGAUGUUUGAAUAAGGUUUCCUCAUUAUGUUCCCCAAACAAAUCUGCUCGUUUACUAACACAAUGUUACAUAACUACUCUCUAUCCUGUUACAUGGGGAUGAGCACACAACUAGCAUUAAUCAUUGAGUCAUUUAUAUUUAAAGGGGAUAUAAACCCAACCAUAACGCUGACCCACAGCGCCCCCUGGUUUUGCUAUAGAAGUUGUCGAAAAACAUAAUUAUAGAUGCAAGGAAAUUCCCCAAUUCCCCACUGCCUAUGUACAUAUAUACACUGCUUGCAAAGCUUACUAUGCAAUAAAUACAAUAUGGAAAGGAAA